UACCUAAUCCCGUCACUCACUCUUUUCCUCCUUUUAUUUUCUUCUUCCCACACUCUCUUCCUCCUUCCUUCUUCAAUCAAUCGCCCACAUUUCGCCGUCACUGACCGCAUCGACCGUCGUCGGAGCUCUCCAAUCACCGGACGGCGGACGCAACCACGCAGUGAGAACGUUAUGGCAGGGAAUUUAAUUUGUCGCUGUUGGGAAAACAAAUGUGAAAACACAAACUAACAGAGCCCUUUGAUUCUUCAGGAUAUCAUGAAGAAAGCUCAACAGAUGUACAGGUUCUCUACAUUCCAUAUCAGAAGCCAAAGUCAUGCCAAAGAUCUUGCUGAAUUUUCAAUAUCAGAUAAUCCCAAAAAAAAGUGUACUUUAUUACCUUAUAGGACACUGCCUCCAGCCAAGGGUGAAGAUUUGGACUAUGCAAACAUUGUGCACAGUCGUUUGAUCCACUCUGAAUGGGAUAGCCUCAAUAAUCUAGCCUCUGGCUUAACAUCAUUUAGAGUUAAACAUGUUUUGCUGAAAAUACAGAAAGAUCAUGUGCUUUCACAAGAAUUUUUCAACUGGGUUGAGCUCAAGAAUUCCGAGGUGAACACGCUUGAUGUGAAUUCUGUAAUUCUCCACAUAUUGACUAAGAAUCGAAAGUUUAAAUCUUCCGAAACUAUUUUGAGGAAAAUUCUUGAAAUGGGAUCUGCAAAGUUGGAUUAUCCUCGCAAGGUCUUUGAAGCAUUGGUUUACUCUUAUAGGAUGUGUGACUCUUCGCCACGAGUGUUUGAUACAUUGUUCAGGACUUAUGUCCACAUGAAGAAGUUUAGAGAUGCUUCUGAUUCUUACUGGUGGAUGAGGGAGUACGGAUUUUAUCCCACUGUGGAAUCUUGUAAUGCAUUUUUGAGCUCAUUGAUCAGUUCGAAUCGUGGGGAUAUUGCCUUGGCAGUGUAUAAUGAGAUGUGUAGGUGCAGAAUAUCACCAAAUGACUACACAAUUAAUAUGGUCAUUGGGGCAUAUUGUAAGGUGGGGAAUAUGGACAUGGCGGUUAAGGUAUUUACAGGAAUGGAAGGAAUGGGAUUAUCCCGUAGUUUUGUAACUUAUAAUACAUUGAUGGCAGGAUAUUGUAGUAAGGGUCUAUUGACCAGUGCUGUGAAUCUCAAGAACAUGAUGGAGAAGAAUGGAGUGCAACCGAGUGUCGUUACCUAUAACACACUGAUACACGCAUUUUGCAAGGAGGGAAAGUUACAGGAAGCAAACAAGCUGUUUGGAGAAAUGAAAAGCCUAAAUUUGAGACCUACAGCUGUAACCUACAAUACAUUGAUCAAUGGUUAUAGUUUAAUCGGAAAUAGUAAGAUGGGCAUCCAGUUCUUUGAGGAAAUGUCUACAAAUGGUAUUAAGGCUGAUAUCUUAACUUAUAAUGCUUUGAUUUUGGGCCUAUGCAAAGAGGGGAAGACGAGGAAAGCUGCACAUAUGGUGAAGGAACUUGAGAGGGAAAAGUUAGUACCCAAUUCUUCAACUUUUGCUGCUCUUAUAACUGGGCAGUGUGUGAGAAACAAUGUGGAUCGUGCUUUUCAGCUCUAUAAAAUUAUGGUGCGGAGUGGUUGUCAUCCCAAUGAAGCGACUUUUAAGAUGAUAAUAUCUGCUUUUGUGUAUAAUGAAGAUUAUGAUGGAGCAGUUCAGAUCUUGAAAGAGAUGAUGGAGAGAGCUGUAGCUCCAGAUUCAGACAUUUUGUUUCGUCUUAUUAGCGGACUUAGCAAAAGUGGUAAAUAUGAAGUGGCCAUGAAUUUGUGUAAAAAACUAGAAUCUCAGCGCCUCAUGCCUCAAGGCUUUCAGAGUAUAGACAUUUUAAAUGAAAGCCAUAUGACGUGAAUAUCGUCAUUAUUCAGAGACAUGAGCUGUUUCAAGGAUUUCGUUGCAGCAGUAUCGAGCAUUCCUUUGCCCUU